AUGAGUGGAAUAUUGAAUAUAACCCAAACACCUGGUUAUGAUAAUAGCAUUUCCAAAAUUGAGUACCACAGUUACUCACCAUUUUUGCAGUCAUACAAUUCAAGUGAUGAAAUACGUAUUUCUAUUCAACAACAAGAUCUGAGUAUUCUCCCCAGUGAAAGUUUCAUUUACAUAGAAGGAACACUUAAGAAAUCAGAUGACUUAAUUUCAGAGACAGGAAGAUUAUCUAAUAAUGCAAUGGCAUUUCUUUUUGAAGAAAUACAUUAUGAAUUAAAUGGAGUGGAUAUUGAAUGUAAUAAAAAUGUUGGAAUCACAACUUCUUUAAAAAAUUACAUAUCCUUUAAUGAAAUUGAAAGUAAAAAUCUACAAAAUGCAUCAUGGUAUGGAAAGGAGAACAUUUUGGUUUCAUCUGGCACGUUUAACUUUUGUGUCCCAUUAAAAAAUCUAUUAGGAUUUGCUGAAGAUUAUAAAAAGAUAAUAACAAAUGCGAGACAUGAAUUGAUUUUAAUUCGUACUCGAACUGAUGAGAAUGCAUUCAUUUCGGAAAAAGAUGAUUUGAGAAUCAAAAUUUUAAAAAUGCAAUGGAGAGUUCCUCACAUCACUCUAGCAGAUGUGGAAAAACUUAACCUAUUGAAGCAAAUACAAACAAAACCAAUUCAAAUUCAUUUUAGAAACUGGGAAAUGUAUGAAUAUCCUUCACUUCCAGCAGCCACCGAUCAUAUAUGGACAAUUAAAACUUCUAGUCAACUCGAAAAACCUAGAUAUAUUAUAAUUGGUCUACAAUCAAAUCGAAAAAAUCAAAAAGGUAAAGAUGUGAGCAAAUUCGAUCAUUGCACAUUGAGUAAUGUUAAGGUACAUCUGAACUCAGAAUCAUAUCCCCGUGAAGAUUUGAAUGUUGAUUUUACUACUGGACGAUAUGCUAUUCUAUAUGAUAUGUAUAGCAGAUUUCAGCAAUCCUAUUACAACAAGCAAUCGCAACCGCUAUUGUCACGAGAAGAAUAUAAAGAAAUUGCACCAAUUAUAGUAAUUGAUUGUUCGCGACAAAACGAAUCCAUUAAAUCUGCUCCUGUGGAUGUAAAACUUGAAAUCAAAACAACAGCAACUGUACCACAAAACACAUCGAUAUAUUGCAUGAUUAUUCAUGAUCGUAUUGUUGAGUACAGUCCAUUAACGGGCGAAGUCAGAAAACUUACAUAA